AUGUCCGCCCCCGCCCCCUCUGGAAACGCGCAGCCCCUCUACCUUGGCCCGAGCGGCAAGGAGGCCGAGCCCCAGGGCUUUGUCUCGUGGUUCUGGAACCAGCAGGUCAUGAACCCCGAGUACCGUGAGGGCAACAUUGGAAGGCGGAAGGGCGCGGAACGAUGGCGAUGA